AUGGCUCCUGUGGACGUGGGCAGCAUGGGUUACGAUGGCAGCUCUUCAUAUUUCAUCCGGCAGUCGGUGCGGAGCAAUGCGUACCGGGAGGGCUCUGUGCUGGACUUCUACCGAGGAUGGGGCGUGUCGGGGAGCCAGCCGUCGAGGUACUUCGAUGACCUCGCUUCUAUAAACCGUAGCUUGAUCGUGCCUUGUGCACAAACUCGCUUCAUGGCGACAGAAGCAAACCGCAACUAUCUGCGAAUCACAGGUGGGGUCAACGUAUUGUUUUACUGGUGGGUUCCAGAUACUACGUUCUUGGAUCUUGAUCCGGUCGAGAUCGUGUUUCCUCCAUAUGACUUCCGUGCCUACACCAGUGGUGACAAGCGCACUGUGGCUGCAUCGAUGCCAAUAACCAAGAUCGUCAGCCAGGAUUUGGUCACCUUGGCGCCCUCGGUGGAAGACCUCGUGCGGAACUUGCGGCUGGGCCGUAACGAUGUCAUGAACAUGCUGAAGGACAUGCAGGACACCGGAGACUCCUAUGCGACUGUUUCCUGUGACUUGGUCAACGUUAAACAGACUUGA